GAUGAGAAGAAAACAAUCCCUUAAGUGCACUCUAUUGUGCCCUACACGUCUGACGGCUAGGCAGAACGGUGGUUCCGUGUCCAGAUGUAUAGUACAUUGACCUUGUCAAAGUGGGGUCGGUGUUGUGUUAAUUUAGUGCUGUUACCCAGUUAAGGGAUACUUGAUGAGAUAGAAAUGCUGCUGAAUCAUUCCCCCCGAGGGUCUUUCAGUGUUCCUGUUAACAUCACUCUGCAGGGCGCGCGGCGACGAAACAUUCGGGAUGCCUUCCACCAGCAAGGCCAACUGCAUGAAACUGGAGGGAACUGGAGGAAAGAAAGGGAGCUGAGAUGUAAUGAGAAAGCCAGAGCUCAAAUCCCAGAGUCCAGUGUGGGUGAAGACAGAACCAUCCUCUUGGGCAUCACCAUGAUGGUCUUCUCAAUCCUCAUGUAUUUUCUGGUGGGAAUCGCGAUGGUGAAACCAUGUCUCCAUAGCGACUGGAAAAAUUCUGCCAACUGCUCAUUAGUUCAGAUUGAUUUGCUGGAUGAAGUGAUGGACUGCCGUGUCAUUGUCAGCUUUAAAUGCCUGCGUGUUUUGGUAAUCAUUUCGUCCCCUGAAAAAACACUUCGACUUUACUACGAUGAAGAGGCUGUGAAAUCCAGGUCAAAGGGAAUUAUGGAGAAAAGUAAUGGAGCGUGCUUCUACACUCCGAAAUGCCAACGAAACAAGACAGAACAAGAGGCUGAGGCCAGUAACAUCAAACAAGCGUUAAGUACACAAGGGGAAAACAUGACAUGCUUUCUCAGUGCCAUAUACCCAGAUGACGCCAUCUUGAGGAGGAAAUACUCCAUUCAAAUGGCCUUCUAUUACCUGCUGUGGCCCAGCCUCAUGUUGUUUGGUGGAAUCCUCCUGGUGGGGCUGGUGAAACUCAACCAGCAUCUUGCUUUCCUCUGCACUGAGAUCAGUAGAGAGGAGUUACCCGGCAGUAAACUGGCAGAGGGAAGGAUCUACCGGCUCUUAAGAUGCAGGCCUGGGGGCAACGUGGAGCAGCAUGACCAAGUUAGAAAAUAGUAUAAUGUGCCUCUACUGUAAUGGUCAAGUAAGUAGUUAUAAUGACUUAACUCAUCAUUCAGUCUUA